ACGAAUUUUGAAUUUUGUCAGCUACACUCACACAACUAUGCAAUCUUAUCUCAAUCUAAAACGAAUCAUAACAACAGUUAUUGGAUACAACUUCACAACAAGUUGGCCGAGCGAUCGUAGUCAGUUAAAAACCUAAAGCGUUGCGUUAAACUGCUGCGGAAAACAUUAAAAAAAAACGCACAAAAAACUAGAAUGUGGCCAAGUGAACAACUUUGAUAGUCGAAACCGAAAACCAAGCCAUGGCUAAUAAUUGUGUUAUAACAUUCGAUCAAAAUGAAUACGGAACUUAUUUUACGGGUCAAUUGUUGACGGGAAAAGUAAUUCUGACCCUAAAUAAAUCGAAAAAGUUCAAAGGUAUUAAAUUACAAAUAUGCGGUUAUGCCCAGUGUCAGUGGCGCGAACGACAUGGCCGCAAGAAACCCAUCUACAAAUCCAAUCUGAAACGCAAGCAUGUUUAUCAUGGUCAUGAAGAUUACAUUGCGUCGACAACAUUUUUAGUUGGCUCUGAGGGUGGUUCGGUUUUUUCCAUAGAAUCAGGAACACACACGUAUUCCUUUGCUUGUCCCAUACCCGUGAACUGUCCUUCGUCAUUUGAGGGAGCCUACGGGCAUGUUCGUUAUAUGGUUAAAGUUACCACCAUCCGACCGAGUACCUCCAAUCGUACCUACAGUAAAGGUUUCACGGUGCUGAAAAUGAUGGAUUUGAAUCGGGAAACGGAAUUACUGAAGAGUCCAGCCUACAACGAAAGCAUGGAGAGUUUUUGCUUCUUUACAUCCCAAACCGUGAAUCUACGUGUCGAUCUAAUGCAAACGGGCUAUGUGCCUGGCCAAAUGAUUUUGGUUAGUUCGCAUAUUCAAAAUAACACCAGCACUGAUGUCAAGAAGCUAAUGAUCUGCUUGAAUUUGCGAGCCACAUAUGUCUCGGAUACACCCUGCAUGCGAACAUCCAGCGAGAAAUUGUGUUUGGUGAAGAAAUAUUGCGGCACAGUGCCACGACACAGUGAACGAGAUUAUGCUGAAGUUAUACGAGUACCGGCCACACCACCCACCUGUGAUCACCUGAGUAAAGUCGUGCGCAUUUCCUAUGAAGUCUGUGUGGUGGCCAUAAUGAAUCAUUUGAUGCGUAAUCCCAAAUCCGUAAUACCCAUAACAAUUGGCAAUGUUCCAUUGAUUACUCCCAGUGCCCCGGUUGCCCAGCCCAGCAUUGAUGAUGUGCCCACAACAUCAGCGUGUGCCAUGCAAAGGGCCGAUGGCAACGACCACAGUUUGCUGAGUGAGGAGACUGAAGUAGAGUUUGAAAUGCCUCCUCCCACUUAUGAGGAAGCCAUGUUUAUGACCACCAACAUUGCCGAUGAUGAUGCCAACACGGUAAGUGAACAGGCCCAAUUUACUCCCCGAUACCCGGUCUUUGAUGUCGAUGAUGUUGUCAUACCCUCCAUGGGCCAAACUCCACCACCAAAUCCUCCGAUCAAAAAGAAGAAGAGAAAAAAGAAGACAAAUCCUCAAAUGGAAAAUAUUGAAAAGGAAAAGCCACCAAGAGAAUCGCCAGUAGAAAUAUAUGCCAGCAUUAUAUUCCUGGGCGAGGGCAAGGUAAAGUGGGAGGAGUCAACAACGUCUACGGAUGCCAAAGGCGUUGCUAUAACGACUACGAUUUACUACAGUUCUCAUGAAGUUUACAUCAGCAAUAGGACAACCGUACGCGGCCAGGGCACCUUACCCGUGGGCGUGCACACCUACACGUUUAGGAUUAAAGUACCCAUGGACUGUCCCACGUCCUGUGAGGGACGGUAUGGGCACAUUCGUUAUGCUAUUUCGUUAAAAUUAAAUCGUGUAUUACGUUUUGAUAAUACCUAUUACAAACCACUAACUGUCUUAAAAAGGGUCGAUUUGAACAAAUAUCCCACUUUCAAGCUUCCUCUUUUGACUGAACAAAAUGCAAGUUUAUGUUGUUGGCCCUGUAAUAGUGGCAAAUUAUUGUAUUCCCUGCAAACACCAUUUGGUGCCUACACUCCCGGACAAACAAUCAAGUUCUCGCUUGGCAUACACAAUAAUUCGAUGGUGGACACCAAGGGUUACCACGUGGAUUUUAUACAGAAAAUGACAUUCACAGCCCAUUCACCCAACCGCAGUCAUCAGUAUGAGAGACGUAUUUUAGUCAGGAAAAUCUCAACGGAUAUAUGUCGUCGUCUGACCAAUUGCAUAUUUAAUGGUGAACUCCGUGUACCCUCUGUGCCGCCCACAACUGAACCAGCUAAUAUUAUUUAUAUCGAGUACAAAUUGAAGGCAACAAUAAUAAUGACCGGUUGUCACAAAUCCAGGGAUGUAUCCGUACCCAUAUUUAUUGGCAACAUACCAUUGCUAGAAAGUUUACCCAGCAAUGCUGAGAGAAUGGAAAUGCCACCAAGUGCUCCAAAAAUGGCGACAGCAGAGGAAAAUUUAAAUCCAGAAAUGCCACCCAACUACACUGAUAUAAAACCACCUUCAUAUCGAGAGGCUAUGCAAAGUGAUACCCCCUUCGUGGACAAUGACGUCGAUAAACAUCAUCGUGUGGUUGGCUUUAAGCCUCUUUACCCGAUAAGAAGAAGAAUAAGAACAACACAUAAAAAGAUGCCGUCGGUGUGCACAUUUACUCUGAAUCAUCCCAAUGCCGUUUAUUAUAGUGGCCAGACCAUCAAUGGAACCAUUAGCCUAACUACGACCUCAGAGAAAAACAUUAGAAAUGCUCGCAUUAUAUUCCUGGGAGAGGGCAAAGUAAAGUGGGAGGAGUCAACAACGACGACAGAUUCCAAUGGCAACAGCACGACCAGUACAACAUACUACAGAUCUCAUGAAGUGUAUAUCAACAACGAGACCAUCGUCCGUGGUGAGGGCAUCUUGCCGGUGGGCGUGCAUACCUAUACAUUUACAAUUGUUUUGCCUCUAGACUGCCCCACUUCCUGCGAGGGAAGAUAUGGUCACAUUCGUUAUGGAAUUUCGCUGAAAUUAGAUCGUGUUCUGCGUUUUGAUAACACCUAUUACAUACCAUUGACUGUUUUAAAGACGGUUGAUUUAAACUUGAAUCCCGUUUUCAGACUUCCCCUAUUAGCUGAGAAAGUUGCCAGUUUAUGCUGUUGGCCUUGCAGUGGUGGUAAGCUAUUGUAUUCCCUGCAAAUUCCAUUUGGUGCCUAUACUCCUGGACAAAUUGUUAAAUACUCACUGAACAUACAAAAUCAUUCGAUGGUAGAUGUCGAAGGCUAUUUCAUGGAAUUUACUCAAAAAAUGACAUUCACAGCCCAUUCACCAAGUCGCAGUCAUCGCCACGAGAAACGCACCCUAGUUACAAGAGACUAUCCGGAGAUAUGUCGCCGUUUGACCAAUCGCAUAUUAAAUGGUGAAUUUCAAAUACCCUCUGUGCCGCCCACAACUGACCCAACGAAGAUUAUUUAUGUGGAAUAUAGGCUGAAAGUAACAAUGAUUAUGUCCGGCUGUCACCGAUCCAAGGAUAUAUCCGUGCCCAUAUUUAUUGGCAACAUACCGUUGCGCGAAAGUCUGCCAAGCAAUGCUGGAGGAAUGGAUGCAACACCCAGUGCCCCAGAAAUUACAAAAUCCGAAGAUAGUUCUGGUUCAGAAAUGCCACCCAACUAUAAUGACCUAAAACCACCCUCGUAUCAAGAGGCUAUGCAAAGUGAUUCCCCCUUUGUGGACAAUGACGUCGAUAAGCAUCAUCGUGUGGUUGGUUUUAAACCUCUUUACCCAGUGUAUUCAUAAUCGAUGGGGAUUUCAAUAGUGAAACAUUUUCUUAAAGAACUAAAUAUUAAACAAAAAAAUCGUAUUUGAGGUUUGAGAAUUUGUUUACGAUACUCAAACAACCACAUACACAUUUGUGAUAUAACGAGUAAUUAUAUAUUUUUAUGAAUUUAAAACUUAUACAUUUGUCAUUAGCGCUCAAGUUAUGAAAAGUGAUUUGAAAAAAAUUAUUACCACCACAGCCGAUAUAUAGAAAACGAAGUGGAAUGGAAGAAAGAAAGAAUAAGUCUGAAAAUGUUUUUUAUUCGAAAAAUAGGCAUGAUUAUUUUUUUUUUAUUAGAAAUAUAACAGUAGUCCUACAAAAUACCCACCUCAAA